UAUGCAGUUGCAUGUAUGUAUUUUGUUCAUCCACUCGUGCAAUGAGUGGCAUCAGAAAGUUCACGUUCCUUAGUGGCUCCUGCCCUGGGCAUGCACCCCUCCCAGUGGGCAUCUGCCAGUCCAACUGCUCCUUACACUCACACCCACAGGGGCCACGCAGGAGAGAGCAUGUCUUAGCGCAUGCUGGGCUCUCGGGGCUGGCCACGAGGCCCAGGUGGUGAGCUGAGAAAGCCCAGUGCCAUGCACAACACAGAGGAAAUGGGGGAGGAGCAGGGACAAAGCUGCCAACCUCCCCAGCCCCAGACUGCACCUCACCCACAGGGAGGAGCCCGGGUCUCCCGGAGCGUCCGGAUGCUUCCAGGCGCCGGGCCUCCACAGUCACAGUCCCUGGUGUGGCUAUGGCUCUCUCCCUUUCUGGAGAACUUUGAUUUUUCCUCUCUCUGCUCAUGAUGUCGAUGCUCAGCAAACUUCAGACAUACUCUGGGCCGUUUCCAAUGCUUGGAGCAGACAAAGGCACAUCUCCAUGAGCUUCUUGAGUCCCAAGCUCGGAUUUUACCCUGAUCCAGAAAUGACCCGUGAUUGAGCCUCUGUGUGUCACACAUGGGGGUGACUCUUCUACCCCUCUGCAGACCGAGGGGAAGAUGCCAGGCUGCCAGCAAGAAGCUGGAUGGAGAGGAAGGAGAGGCUCCUGCCUCCCCACUGCCAGGACCGUGGAGGGGGAAGAAACACUAGAUCAUCUGCCAGGACCAGGAGAAUUCUGCAGGGAACAAGGCCAGGGAGAAGGCCUGAGUGUGGACUCCGCAGCCCAAGUUCAGGGGGGAAGCCUCCCUAGACCGGUCCUCCGCGCUGAGCCCUGCUCUGUGGUCACCCAGGGAAGUACUGUGACCUUGUGGUGUGAAGGGGCCUGGAAUGCCCAGGAGUUCCGUCUGCAGAAAGAAGGACACAGUGUUCAGUUGUUCACAAAUAUCCUGAGAACACAGGGGAACAGGACUUCCUUCUUCAUCCAGUCAAUGAAAAAGGGUGAUGCUGGGCGCUACUUCUGUGUCUACCUUAGCCCUGCUGGCUGGUCAGACCAUAGUGAGCCCCUGGAGCUGGUGGUGACAGGGCUGGAAAGCUACCUGCAGAUUCUCAUCGGGGUCUCAGUGGCCUUCCUCCUUCUGCUCUUCUUCCUCCUCCUUUUCCUCCUCUGGCACCGGAGUCAGGACAAAGGCAGGAAUUCAGCAGAGACUGGGGCAGGGACUGUGGAGUCAGUGCCUGGGGACAGAGGCCUGCUUGGGAGCUCCAGCCCAGCUGCUGCUGUCCAGGAAGAAAUCCUGUAUGAGGAAGCUGCUGCGAAGGACACAGAGCCCAAGGAUGGGGUGGAGCUGGACAGCAGGGCUGCUGCCCGUGAGGACCCCCAGGAUGUGACCUAUGCCCAGCUGUGCCAUGUGGCGCUCACACAGCAGACGGCGGCCCCCCCAGCAGAGCCAAGCCUGUAUGCCUCGCUGGCAGCAAGGAGCCCCAAGGGCACUAAGCAGUGACCCUGGGCUGGCCUGCAGAUAACCUACAGGAGACCCCCAGGAGAUUGUGAACGUGCAUGACUGACCUGGCCCUUUUUCUGCUCAGAUAUUGAAUACCCCACUGUUUUGAAGCUAAAGCAAGCCAUUUCUCAACAAGCAAGGAGAGCAAUGAGAUAUGAAUGGAAGGGAACGGUUAACUGUGCUCAAGGGCUGGGAAGAUGGCUGGCUCAGUGGUAGAGUGCUUUCCUCGUAUGCCUGAGGCCCUGGGUUUGAUUCCU